GACAAUGGGGAUGAUGAUGAGAAUGGAUCAGAUGCUCCGGUCUCGCCCGCGCCUCCUACUGUGACGCACCUCUUUAUCAACAAUGAGCAUGUCAUGUCCAAGUCGCAGAGCUGGAGCAAUGUUCUGGAUCCGGUCUCGCAGAGUUUACUAUGUAGGGUUCCUGGAAGUACACUGCAGGAAGUUCAGAGGGCUGUUCAGGCAGCACAGGAUGCUCAGCCCGCCUGGGCGGCGCUGGGGUUCCAGGUGCGGCGGGAGCGGCUGUUGAAAGUCGUGGAUGUACUCAGGCAAAUGUCGCCGGAAAUAGUGACAUGUCUAUCCCGCGAGGUGGGGAAAACUCUCGCCGAUGCCGACGCCGAGGUUUUUCGCGGGCUGGACUGCAUCCACGCUGCCUGCUCCGUCGGGCCGGAAAUGGCGGGCAUGUUCCUCGGAGGCGAUGCCACCUUGCUGCAGACUUUCUACGAACCGGUGGGCGUCUGUGUCUCCAUUACUCCCUUCAGUUUUCCUUUCAUGAUCCCCCUCUGGUCGUUACCCUAUGCCCUGAUCACAGGCAAUACCGUGGUAUUAAAGCCGUCCGAAAAGACACCAUCAACAUCCACCUUGCUUGCGGAGGCCUUCCUCAAGGCCGGAUUUCCGCCCGGGGUGUUCAACAUCCUGCACGGCGGCCCUUCGACCGUCCAGAUGCUGAUCCACCAGCCCACCGUCCAGGCCAUCAGCUUCGUCGGGUCCGAACCGGCCGCGCAACAAGUCCACGACCUUGCACGCGCCGCCGGAAAGCGCAUCCAAGCCGAGUGCGGCGGCAAGAAUCACGGGGUCAUCCUCGAAGACGCCAACAUGACGUCCACGCUCUUCGCCAUCGCCGGCAGUGCCUUCGGGGCGGCCGGCCAGCGGUGUAUGGCGCUCAGCGUGGCCGUCUUCGUGGGUAGCACGCGCGAGUGGAUCCCCAAACUGGUCGAGCUGGCCGAGUCGAUGGUCGUGGGCUGUGGGGGCGACCAGGAGUCCAAGAUCGGGCCGCUGAUCGACGAAGCGGCCGUGAAGCGGGUCAGCGGCGUCAUCCAACGUGCGGUUCAGGAGCAGGCUCGUGUUCUUCUGGACGGUCGCGAGAUCCAGGUCCCCGGCUACCCGGAUGGCAAUUUCAUGGGGCCGACGAUCCUGACCAAUGUCGAGACUUACAUGGAGUGCUACCAGUCGGAGAUCUUCGGGCCGGUGCUUAUCUGCAUGGAGGUUGAGACUUUGGAAGAGGCGAUGGAACUCAUCAAUCAGAAUAAAUAUGGCAACGCAUGUUCCAUCUUCACCACCAGUGGUAAACACGCCAAUACAUUUCAACGCGGCGUCAAUGUUGGGCAGAUUGGGGUCAACAUCCCGCUAAUAGCCCCUUAUGGCACUGCUGUGCGGACGAGCAACAAGGAUUCGUUCCUAGGAGACCGCCAUGCUCCUGGAAAGACGUACUGGCCCUUCUUUACCACGACCAAGACCGUGUCAUCACGUUGGGAACAGUAGACUGCACUGUUGGGGCUGAACGGUCAAUUAUCGCG